CUUUACUACAAGUUUUGUCUGUGACCACAACACCACAUCUGACAUUGCUCAUUAAAGAUGGGGGAGAGGUUGCAAAGUCAAAAAAGUUAUGUUUGCUCUUUUUUUGAUUGUAAAGCUAAAUUCAGUAAGCCAUGGAAGCUAGAGGCUCACCUUUGCAAACACACAGGAUUGAAACCAUUCUCCUGUGAGAACUGUGACAAGAGCUUUUGUACUCGCUAUCAGCUCACCAGACAUGAGCUCAAUCACAGUGGGGAAAAACCACACAAGUGUCUGGCUGAUGGAUGCUCUGAGGCCUUUGUCACAAAUGCCAGCAUGAAGAACCACAUGGCUCGAGUUCACCAGCACAAGGAGAAACCAUAUAGAUGUGACCAUCAGGACUGUGGAAAGGAUUUCCACAAGAGGAACCAACUGAAAACCCAUAAGUGUGAGCACCAACAGCUUCUCCCAUAUCAUUGUUCCUUCAGUGGCUGUACAAGAGAAUUUCCCACUCAUGGAAAACUGAAGCAUCAUGAGAGAGUGCAUGGAGGAUACCCUUGUGAGAAUGAAGAGUGUCCUUUUCAGGGAAAGACGUGGACAGAAUAUCUGAAGCACAGAAAAGAACAUAAAGUCAAGGUGCCGUGUGGAGAGUGCAAAAAGCUGUUUAACAAUGCUUGGUUUUUGCACCAGCAUGAGCUGCGUGUCCACUCUGGGGAGAAGAGGAAGCUGCCAUGCCCCAGAAAAGGAUGCGAUAAGGAGUUCACUCGUCGCUUCAAUUUGGAGAGUCACAUUCUGGCAGACCAUGAGAAUAAGAAGCCCUUCAGCUGUGCAUAUGCUGGCUGUGGGAAGAGCUUUGCCAUGAAGGAAAGCCUGUGGAGACAUGGAGUGGCGCAUGACCCAGCAAAGAGAAAGCUGAAGAAACUGCGUCCUAAAAAGAAUCAGCCCUGGCGUAUGGCACAGCAGGUCGAACUGGCAGCUGCAGGCAAUCAAGCGGACAAACUAGCUGCAAAGCUGCACAAAACAACUUUAAAAGAUGACAAAUCUUGAGGCUGCACUGUAUUGUAUAAACCUGCUUGGAUGUGUUAAUGGUGAAACAAAUCACUAAUAUUUUUGUUGAUUUAUACUUUUGUUUUACAAGUGUGAAUUAAAGCCUCUAACACAGCA